AUGGUGAUGGCGGUACAGCUGUACUGCCCUCCAGAGGACGGCAGCGUAGCGGUGUGGCAGCUGGGCGUGGCGCCGCACGCGCCGCCGCGCGCGCUGCACACGCUGUGCCGCGAGCCGGUCAUGGCGCUGGCUGUGGACUGCACGGGGGCCGGCGGUGCUGCGGGGUCUGCCGAGGACCAGGUGGUGGUGUUCAGGCUGGACCAUGCCGCAGGGCGGGUCAGCGUGCGGCACUCCAUCGAGGUGCAGCGCAAGGGCAUUGGCGACGUGGCGGUGCGCCCCGACCGCCGCCUGCUGGCCACCGCGGGGUGGGACGGCCGCGUGCGGGUGUACAAGUACCGCAGCGGCAGGCCGCUGGCCAUCCUCAAGUACCACACCUCUGCCGUCACGGGCAUCCGGUUUGCGCCCCGGAGCAUGCUGCUGGCGACGGCGGCGCGCGACGGCACCGUGGCGCUGUGGCCCCUGUUCCAGCCAGCGGAGCAGUAG